CAUUGGCAAUUCGAUCCUUCGUCCAACUUCGAGAGACGCCUUCGCUUCUCCUUGGGAACCCUAACCCUAGACUCCAACCCCUUCUUGUCGUCGUUGGCCAUGUCGCACUUCGGGAGAUCGGGGCCGCCGGACAUCAAGGACACCUACUCCCUUCUCGUCCUCAACAUCAGCUUCCGAACCACGGCGGAUGAUCUCUUCCCACUCUUUGAUCGGUAUGGUAAAGUGGUUGACGUUUUCAUUCCAAGGGAUCGGAGGAGUGGAGAAUCGCGGGGGUUUGCUUUUGUGAGGUAUAAGUAUGCAGAUGAGGCACAGAAGGCUGUUGAAAGGCUCGAUGGCAAGAAUGUGGAUGGGCGGAAUAUUAUGGUUCAGUUUGCAAAAUAUGGACCGAACGCUGAACGAAUUCAUAAAGGAAGAAUUGUUGAGGCAAUUCCAAAGACGAGGGGCAGGUCAAGAAGCCGUAGCCCUCGACCCAGGUACAGAGACAGUAACCGAGAGAGGGAUUAUAGGAGGCGAAGUCGUAGUAGAAGCAGAGGUAGGUACGAGAGUGACAGGUACAAUGAUCGAGAAAGGGAUUAUCGCCGCCGCAGCCGCAGUGCAAGCCCUGAUUACUCUAGAGGCCGUGGUAGAGAUGAUCGAAGGAGUCGAAGUGUCUCGUAUGACAGUGCCUCACCUGCUAGGCAUAGUCCUAGUCCUGAAAGGAGCCUGACGCCCCGCCGAACACCUCCUUCAAGUCCUGAGAAAGGUAGCCAUGGUGAACGUUCCCCACCUUCAAAAAGUGCAUCACCCCUGGCUCGCCGUACUGGUUCCCGGAGUCCAUCUUCUCGCAGCUUAAAUGAGGAUUAACAUGCUGCUUAUGCAUUGGAGGAUGUGUAUUACCGUUGCUAUCUAACUUUGGAUUCGGUGGACUCCUGUUAAGGUUGAAUAUGUGUGCUUUACUAGACUUAAUCUUAGCUUUUAAAUGGCUAGUUAUUGGUAUUAAACUAGUUUCUGAGACUUGCAGCUUUAGUUCUGGAGUGUUUUGUUUGUUAUGGAACAUGAUACUCUGUUUUCUUCCCUUUUCUUCUGGACCUAUAUCCUUUUGAUAAUCUUGCAACUUAUGAUAGACCGCAUUGUGCAUUUUUCUA